AGGGGCUUCAGUGACCCAGGGGGAGGGACCUCAGUAACCCUGGGGGAGGGGCAUCAGUGACCCUGGGGGAAGGGCCUCAGUGAGAGCCGUACUCCGUGUACAAUGAGGUUGAAUGUCAUUCACAGAGAUUAUGAGUGACAUGACGCAUCCUAUAGUCCUCCUGAGUUGGCUGUUUCUCCUGUCCCCAAGUCAGUGUCGAGCAGCAGGCCCCGUAGUGCUUCAGCCCAGACAGCUCCUCACCCUUCCUGGUAACACCACCACCUCCAGUCCAGUCACCCUGCAGUGCUCCCUGGGUCCAGGCUUCAGCAUGCCCAGCUACACCAUGAUGUGGUACCGACAGAUUUCUGAGCUGGUUGUGGAGGACAGUGGUGUCUACUACUGCGCUGCUAGUCACGCGGGAGAAUCCAGGACACUAGAAUGUGCACACGAUGACGCAGAGUUCUAUAGAAUGUUCUGGUACAAACAGAACACCAACGGAAACAUGGAGCUGGUGGCUUAUUCUAUGGGGACGAGUGUGGCGGACGUAGAGCCCAUCUUUGACAAGGCAAAUUACAUCAUGAUCCGCAACGAGCAGUUAAAGUCCUCUCUGCAGAUUAGGAAUGUGAAGUCUGGAGACUCUGCUGUGUAUUACUGCGCUGCCAGCUCAGCACACUGA